AUGAGAUUCAGUCGAUCUCUCACCAGUGGCCGGACACCGAAGGAAGUGAGGAAGCUGGCUGACAGAGACCUGGAUUCUGAUCAGAGAAACUUCUUGUUCGAGCAUUGGCUUCAGGCCAACGAGAACUGGAACGCAUCCAAGCUUUUGGUUACCUUGAAGAACAAGUCCGGGAAAAAGAAGGUUGGACUCCGAAGGUGGCUGACAAAGGCCGACCUUCUGCAGAAGUACAAGGACGAGGAGGUGGUACAGGCCAUCAUAGAUGCAAAGGUGAAUGACAAGGAGCUGUGCAAGACACAGGUGAGGAACCAUCCUGAUUGCCCUCAUCGCGAAGAUCUCAAGCAAUACCUAUGUGUUGUAGAUGAUAGCGAGGAAAACUACGAAGGGGAAGAAGUGGAACACACGUUCGAGAUGGACAACGAUCUCGACGAGUCGAGCUCCGACCAAAGCAGUGACGAGGAUGGUCAGGAGGAGGAUGAGGAAGAGCAGGCCAAACAGCCAACCGGCGGAGACGAUGGAGAAGACAAGCCACUGAAUGCAAAGGAGAUGAAAGGCAAGGCCAGGAAGGCAGUGGACAAAGCCACGGACAAGCUCCAAGCAGUACGAAAGUGCCAGGACGUGGAAUCGGGUGACAAACUCCUGAAAGCCAUGAAGGACGAUGUCGAAGCCCAGGUGGCAUCCAUGCCGAGCGCCGUGGACAAGCUGACCACAACGUGUGACAAGUUUGAUAAGAUCACCAAGGAGUUCUGGAACAAAGUGAAUGGUGAAGAUGUCGAUAAGGAUACCGAUGGCUUGCUGCAGCAUAUGUACAACAAGAUAUCCAGUGGAGCUUCCAGUAUUGAUGCAGCUAUGAAAGAUGCCCAAGCUGGUUUCCAGGACACCCAGAAGUUCUUCAAGGGCAAGACUAUUAAAUCGUUGAUGCGGUUCAAGCCUGGAAAUGCUGCACGUGACUUCUUCAAGACUGUGAAGCUUCCUCUGGAGCCUACACCAGUCAAAGUUCCUGUCUGGGAGUAUGCGGAUGGUGAAUGGAAGCAGGCCUCAACUACGGUACCGGUACUAGACAUACAUGAGAUUCUGAGCUACGUUCAUUGUGAGCUGGGAUUGCAAACCCCGCCGGAGAAGGUCAAAGAAUACUGGGCACACCUGUGCAGCCACGGUGUUCCCUUUGCCACUCGUCACCCUUCUACACAUGCAAACGAGCCGUGCCGACAUUCCCACAUACCGUUCUCACUUUAUGGAGAUGAAUGCCAGCUGUCAGCAGAUGGUUCGGAGAAGGUGACAGCCAUGUUUGUCUCCUUAACUCUUUUCCGACCCAAAGAGGUUAGGCUUGGACACUUUAUGGUUUUUUGUAUGAAGGACGAGUUCAUGGUUCACGAAAACCUUGCGACCCUGAGCCCCAUUCUGAAGCACAUUGCCUGGAGUUCGAAUGUGGCCUUUGAUGGCAAGUUUCCACAAUGUGGGCCAAUGGGCGAAGCUUUGUCAUCUUCGAAGAUGGCCCGGGCCGGGGAUUUCCUGGCGCACGGACGGGCAUUCGCUGCUUGUGAACUUCGGGGAGAUUGGAAAUGGCAUGAAAGGACACUUCGGCUGCUUCACACUCCUACAAGCACAUGCUGCUGCCUGUUCUGUGGGGCUGAAGCUUCUGAUGAGUCCCCGCUUCGAUAUUACGAGACUGGAGAGUCUGCAGGCUGGGCUUCCACGAUUGCUACAACAGCAGACUUUUUGCUUCACAAA